AACUGCAUUGGAGCUAUUGAUGGUACACAUAUAGAUGUUAUUAUACCUGAGGAGGAUCAAUUGCGAUAUAGAGGGAGGAAAGGGACUACUACUCUCAAUGUCAUGGCAGCAUGUGACUUUGAUUUACUUUUUACGUACGUUCUUACUGGUUGGGAAGGAUCCGCUCAUGAUUCUCGAAUUUUUCUGGAUACAAUUACCAAUUUAGACCUUAAUUUCCCAAAACCUCCUACAG